AUGAAUUUUCCAUGUGGACCCUUGGAUUCGAUCCAAUUGAUUGCACUUAUUCUUUUCAUACUUCUUAUUUUUCAAAGUCUACUUGGCAUCGGUUUAGGUAUAGGAUUUCUUCUUCAACCACCAUUAUAUGGAACAAUUAUUGAUCUCAACUCUGCUUUCAACCGACAAGCUUAUUUUUCCAUCUAUGCACCUCAUAUACUUCUCAUAAUAGGUAGUGGCAUAGUAAUAAUACCAAUACUAUUCGGUGUUCUCGGUAUAUUAAGACGUCGUUGGCGUUAUUUAAUAAUUUCGCUUGCUCUACUUGCACUUUAUAUUUCCAUUUUAUCAGCUGCUGCUGCAUGUGGCUUUGCUAAUUAUGAUCGACUUCGUCCUACGCUAGAAACGGAUGUUUCUCAAACAUCAGUAUCUGUAUGGUCAUCAGUUCGUACAACUUAUAAUUGUACGGGAACAAAUUGUAUUGUAGCAUUAGAGAACACUAUGUAUUCAAAUAAGCAACGUAUUGGUAUUAUAUCUGUCAUUUUUUUAGUUGUACCACUUUUGACAAUACUUAUCAUUAUGCUUCAAAUGCGUCGAGAUAUACUUUAUUUUAAAUAA